GCGUCGCAACCCUCAUCCACACCCUCCCCGUUGAGCGAUGCCAACUUCAACCGCCACCACGCCGCCACCCGUCCUAAUUAUCGGUGGCGGGCCCGCAGGCCUCAUCGCUGCGCUCUCCCUCGCCCAGAACGGGGUGCCCGUUCGCAUAGUAGACAAGCUACCGGCCUUUCACACGGCCUCCCGGGGCACCGGAGCGCACUCGCGCUCGCUCGAGGUGUACCACUUCCUCGGCCUCCUCGAGGAUAUUCGUCAUGUCAUAACGCCUCUGAUACCGAUGCGCUCAUAUAAGCUUCCCGAGGGCACCGAGGUAACUCGGACCUGGAAGAUAUGGGAGCCGGUGCAGCCUACCCCCGACAAGCCUAUCACAAACGCGUCUGGGGCCUCUAUCGGACAGUUUGUGAUUGAAGGCAUCUUCCGGGAUCACCUCGCCAAGCUCGGUGUCCAAGUGGAACUCGCGACUGAGCUUGUAGCGCUCGCUCAAGACGCCAAAGGCGUCACCGCGACGCUCAAACAUACUGCUAGCACUGGCGAAGAGAGCACCGAGACUUUCCGUGCAUCAUACAUUAUCGGUGCUGACGGCGCCAGGGGAAUCACCAGGAAGCAGAUUGGCGCUACGUUCGAGGGACAGACGAAAGAUUUGGACGGCCACGUCUGGGCCGAUGUGUAUGUGGACGGCCUGUCAACCGAGUAUUGGCAUCUUUGGUCCGAACCGGAGAAUUUUACCGUCUCGAUGCGCCCUACGCAUCGCGAGGGCGAAUUCCAUGUUGGUAUCGUUGGCGUCGGCUGGGACCCCGAGCACCUGAUGGAUGAGGAGAAAUUCGUGAACUUCAUCCACGAGAAAACCGGGCGCCGCGAGCUCCAGUUCAGAGAUUUCUCGUCGAUGAACCACUGGAAGCCGAAGAUGCGAAUGGUGAACAAGUUCUACUCCGGCAGAGCAUUCCUCGUAGGAGAUGCAGCCCACGUCCACUCUCCCACCGGAGGGCAGGGGCUGAACACCAGCAUCCAAGAUUCGUUCAACCUCGCCUGGAAGAUCGCGCUCGUGUACAAAGGCCUCGCCAAGCCUGAACUGCUCUCGAGCUUCGAAGCCGAACGUCUCCCGGUCGUCACUCUGAUGCUCGCAGCCACGAGCGGGCUCUACACGCACGCCGAUAAGAGCGGGUGGCUCGAGUGGAAGAACCGGGCGCUUCACAUGAUGGAGAUCAACUACCGCUGGAGCCCCAUCGUCCUCGACGCGCGCGGAAACGGGGACGACAUCGAUGCGCUCAAGGCGAAGGCGUACGAAGGAUACCCCGGGGAGGACGUGCACGCCGGCGACCGCGCCCCCGGUGCACCAGCACUCAUCGACGCCUGGGGCAAGGCGACGUCGCUCCACGAGAUCUUCAAGCCCACUCUACACACCAUCCUCGUCUUCUUCCCGGAGACCGAGGAGGCGGCUAGUCAGGUCGAUGCGGUGCUGAGGGCCGUAAAAGCGUUCCCGAAGGGUACCUGCCAAGUCGUCAUCCUUGCGCGACACGGCGCCCCGACGGCGCACUGCGGGGCCGCCGGGUACCACGACAGCCAGGGCCAUGCAUUUGGUUUCUAUCGCGUCGAGGAGGGGAAGUUUACAGUGGUUGCGGUUCGGCCCGACGCGUAUGUGGGUGCGUUCGUGUACGACGCGGACGGUCUCCAGACGUACUUCUCGAGGAUCUUCCGAAGCGCUUGGAUGUGA